AUAAGUCAGCAUUCAUCAAAGAAGACAAGAGCAAGCAAAACUCCCAUGGAUCAGAGAUUCUUUUGCUAGAAUCAUUUUCACGUAUGCUCAAGAAUCAAAAUGCAGAGAGAUACAUAGAUCACAGAUGCUUAAUAAGACUGUUGUUUACUGAUUUGAUACCUGAAACUGAUGAAUAAUCAAACACGCAGCAACAGUAACAGUCACAUCUUCAUUUCCUGAUAAUCAUAGAUCAGAUCUGAUCACUGAUAAAAUCAAAUGGCAGGAGCAGUCUCUGCUCUCUUUCUAUUAGACAUAAAAGGCCGUGUUUUAGUAUGGCGCGAUUACCGUGGCGACGUCUCCUCUGUUCAAGCCGAACGCUUCUUCACCAAACUCAUCGAAAAAGAGGGAGAUCCGCAGUCUCAAGAUCCGGUUGUGUAUGAUAAUGGAGUUACUUAUAUGUAUAUACAACACAGCAAUGUUUAUCUUAUGACUGCCUCCAGACAGAAUUGUAAUGCUGCUGGCCUCCUCUCCUUUCUUCACCGCGUUGUUGAUGUUUUUAAGCAUUAUUUCGAAGAAUUAGAAGAGGAAUCACUUAGGGAUAACUUUGUGGUGGUGUACGAGUUACUUGAUGAAAUGAUGGACUUUGGAUACCCUCAGUAUACUGAAGCGAAAAUUCUUAGUGAAUUUAUCAAGACUGAUGCCUACAGGAUGGAAACUACUCAGAGGCCUCCUAUGGCUGUUACAAAUGCAGUAUCUUGGCGCAGUGAAGGGAUAGUAUAUAAGAAGAAUGAAGUAUUUUUGGAUGUGGUGGAGAGUGUUAAUAUACUUGUCAACAGUAAUGGACAAGUGAUAAGGUCGGAUGUUGUUGGGGCAUUGAAGAUGCGAACUUAUUUGAGUGGCAUGCCUGAAUGUAAGCUUGGCCUAAAUGAUCGAGUAUUAUUGGAGGCCCAAGGUCGUGCAACAAAGGGAAAGGCCAUUGAUUUGGAGGACAUCAAAUUUCAUCAGUGUGUGCGCUUGGCUCGAUUUGAAAAUGAUCGGACAAUAUCCUUCAUACCACCUGAUGGAGCUUUUGAUCUGAUGACAUAUAGAUUGAGCACUCAGGUUAAGCCGCUUAUUUGGGUGGAAGCUCAAGUCGAAAGGCAUUCAAGAAGUCGUGUUGAGAUCACAGUAAAAGCUAGGAGUCAGUUCAAGGAGCGCAGCACUGCAACAAAUGUUGAGAUUGAGUUGCCUGUGCCAACUGAUGCUUCCAAUCCAAAUGUUCGGACAUCAAUGGGAUCUGCAUCAUAUGCACCUGAAAAUGAUGCAUUAAUGUGGAAAAUUAAAUCUUUUCCAGGUGGAAAGGAGUACAUGAUGAGGGCAGAGUUCAGUCUCCCAAGUAUAACAGCUGAAGAAGGAGCGCCUGAGAGAAAGGCUCCAAUACGUGUGAAGUUUGAAAUACCAUAUUUUACUGUCUCAGGAAUACAGGUCAGGUACCUGAAGAUUAUUGAGAAAAGUGGUUAUCAGGCUCUUCCAUGGGUGAGAUAUAUAACUAUGGCUGGUGAGUAUGAGCUUAGGCUUAUUUGAAACUGAUCCUCACUCUGCAUUAUUUGAGGAAAGAAGAAGUGGUGGAUAAACAAGGAGUCAAUGAUUUUAUGAGGUUACCUAUUGUUCUCAAUAGUCAUUUUACUUUCAUUUGUGCAUCAUUGUAUUAUUUCACGGACUUGCUAGAGUUGCUGCCGGCCUAGAAAAUUUUUGGACACUUGUGCAAAUUAUACGUUAUUCAUUGUAAUUCAAAAUUUUAGCUUGUAUUUGAUUUGAAAUUAGGAA